CAGGCUGCGACUACCAGCAGGAGAUUGACCAGACGCUUCAUCGAGUAACCCAAACAGAUCCCGGCGCACUGCCGCUGGAGGGCUGAGCGUCGUGAACAGUCCCAGCAGUGAGCUCCACCCGCAGCUGGGCGGGUACCUGGUCGUCAAGGCUAACCCACCUCACAUUGCCCUCUACCUGGCAGCAUAGUACGCAAAUCAUUCAACAGUCGGGUUUUCUUUUCGCUCACAGCAGGGCUAUGGAAGGUGGCAUUUGCGUGCACCUCACUUGCCCAGCCCAUUGAACCCGCCGCCGCUCCCGUAGCCUAACUCGUAUGCUACAGUCAUGCUCCUGCUCGACGGUACCCUGCGAAAUCGGUCCAUGCUACUCGGAAUAGCCAGACCUACCUUUGCGAUAUCACUACUUGUUUCCAAGCCAGCCUUCGCUCAUCCACACUACUCUUCCGCUUGACCCACGUCUAACUCUAUAUACCCGCAUAUUCCGGUGCGCCUUGCCUCUUCAGAAGCCACAUCUUCGACACUUCCAGCUCUGCAUUGUCGGCAUUGACAAAGCUCGUAGCACGACAACCAGUUGAAAGCAGAACAUUCCCGUCAAGUGACCUUCACAAACGUUAGGCCUAAAAUAACCUUCCAAUCGGUCACCACCGCUCUCAUGUUCGACAUUUGGGCAUUCAUUGUGGACGCGCUAGACUCGCUCAUGCUCCUCUUGUGGCCCAAACCCGCUUACCGCUCACUGCGCCCGCCCAAACGGAAAGAUGACGUAAAGGACGGAAGGAUGGAGGAAUUUGCGAAAGAUAUGAAGAGGCAAUUUGAGGGCCACUUGAGCGUAGCGAACCUGCUCGCCAUGUCCGGCAGGCUGCAAGAGCAAUUCAAGCUUAAACUCGAAUCGAGCAACAUCUGCAUGCUUCCGUCAUACAUACACACGCUGCCUUCAGGGAAGGAGAAGGGAACAUACCUCGCGCUGGACGUGGGUGGCUCAACGCUCCGGGUGGCUGCAGUACAACUGUUUGGAAGGAAGAAUGGGCAUGGGGGGAGUUGCAUGGAGAUUUUGAAGAUGAAUUCGUACAGGAUAGACAACUUCGUAAAAAGCCUGAAGGGACAUGCAUUCUUCGACUGGAUGGCGGAGCGCAUCGCAGAAGUGCUCGAGGAUCCCAUCGUCAAACCAGCGCACGGCGCCACCAAGGUCGCUAUGGGAUUAGCUUGGUCGUUUCCCAUAGAGCAAACCUCUGCACGAACAGCCAAGUUGCUGAUAAUGGGAAAGGGAUUCAGUGCGAGUGAGGGCGUGACUGGAGAAGAUCUGGGCAGUCUCCUCAUGCUCGCUUGUGAGAAGAAGUCUCUGAACGUCCAACUGGACGCGAUCAUCAACGACGGACAGGCAACGCUGAUGACGCGAGCGUACCAAGAUGAUGCGCUGUGCUUUGGAUUGAUCCUUGGCACGGGUACGAACAUGGCCAUCAAUUUGCCGACCAAAGCAUUUGCGAGAUCAAAGUUUGGCGUGCGGCCUCAAACAUGGUUCGACGAGGCAGUAAACGUCGUAGUGAACACGGAGCUCAGCAUGUUCGGCAAAGACGUUUGGCCGAUGACGAGGUGGGACACUCAGCUUAACAAGAACCACGAGCGUCCAGAUUUCCAGCCGCUGGAACACAUGAUUGGUGGCCGAUAUAUGGGGGAGCUGGUCCGCUUGGUGCUCGUUGAAGCCAUCCAGACCACGGGUCUAUUUGGCGGACAUUUCCCACAGGGCUUCCUAGAGCCAUACACAGUAGAGACGUCGACCACGGCCGCUUUUGAGGACGACGAGACUCCAGAACUGUCCAAGGCGGCGGCAGUUCUAGAAAAGAAUCACCCUAUGAAGGUUAUGCCCAUGCUAGCCGAGCUCCGCUUUGUCCAAGAAGUCGUCCGCGCAAUAUCGCAUCGUGCGGCCGCGUAUCUGGCCACCGGCAUCCAUUCGUUAUGGUCGUUAAGGCUGUUUGCGGAGGGUUUGACUCCUGCAGACGCCGGUCACGUGACUAUUGGUUGCAACGGCUCGAUCAUCGAGCGCUAUCCGAGAUUCCGAUCUGUCGCGCAAGCCUAUCUCGACGACCUGAUAAAGUCUUCGGGUGGGACACCGGGAACCGUCGUUCUCGAAGUCGCAUACGAGUCGGCAAUUUUUGGCGCUGCUGUGGCGGCCAGCUGUCUCGAGGGGCAGCCUUGACGCUACAUAUUUCCCUGUACAAAACCAAAUGCGCGAUACCCUAGCGACAUUUUCACAGCAUGGAGCGGCUCUCAUAGAAAUUUUUUUACCCCUUCUUCCCACCGCUUGGUGGAUUUUCUUUGGGGCAAGUGGUUUUUGGUCUGUGUGGCGCCAAAGCUGCGGACCCUAGUACAUGAUCUCUAAGCAAUCCGUGAACUGGCUUUAGCGUAAUGCUGGAGUGCACAGGAGGCUGGAAAAUGCUGACGGCGUUGAACAGGGGCAGGGUGCGGACAAGAUACCAUGAAAGAAAAAGGUUAGGGUUACCCCAGGAUCAACGAUAGUCAUAGAAAUAACGGAUUGUAAUACGGGCAUGUAAUAGUUUCCAGGCCAUCUGGUACUCGUUCUGGUUGGCUGACACAUCCAUCAAUUUUGACCUCCCCGUGGACGAAUUUGCAUACAGCAUCAUCGACGUCUGGUGAACAAAAUGCGUCGGGAAUAGCAUGGUAGUGCAGCACCACCGCGAUGGAGGGGUUGGGGG